CGCCCUUGUCCAGCUUUUUGGUCUAGAGGGCCUCUUUUAGAUCAAACAAGUGCAAAGGCAAUUUCUCCGACAUUCCCUAGAUCAGCUAGGAGAGUGGGCAGCAGUAAGACUGCCGGGCAGCAGUAAGACUGCCUAUCAGCAGAAGCAUUUGGGACCUCAAACUCCUGUACAAAGGUGAUUGGGCAUUCCAAGUACCAAGAGUCCCAAAGAAUUGCAGUCUUUCUGAGUAUGCAAGACGAAAUUGAGACAGAAGAAAUCAUUAAAGACAUAUUUCAGAGAGGGAAGGAGUGUUUCAUUCCACAGUACAAGCCCCGGAGCAGUCACAUGGAUAUGGUCAAGUUAACUUCCGCUGAAGAAAUUUCUUCACUUCCUUUGACAUCUUGGAACAUUCAUCAGCCUUGUGAUAAUGAUGUAAGGGAAGAAGCUUUGUCUGGGGGAGGCCUUGACCUCAUCCUCAUGCCGGGCCUUGGGUUUGAUAAAAGCGGCAACAGAUUGGGAAGAGGGAAAGGAUACUAUGAUACCUACCUUGAACGAUGCAUGCAUCAUCCCAAAGGAAAACCUUACACCAUUGCCUUGGCUUACAAGGAACAGAUCUGUGACUCAGUGCCAGUGGCAGAAAAUGAUAUCCAAAUAGAUGAAAUCCUUUAUGAAGAAAGCUAAAAGCAUCUGGAUACCGCUGACUACAAACUGACCAACCAAAGACUUCAUAUCAAGGCACAAACUUGUAAUAGUCAUACAUUAUUUGUGUAGCAAUAAAAUACACUAUUUUUAACAACAACAACAAAAAAGCUCUACAUUCAUGUUAAUAAGGACUGCAUUGAUCUCAUUCCAAUUAGCAAAUAUCUAUUGUGAAUCUUAUUCUAAAAUCAAUAGAAACAAGAAUGGGUGACUAUUUUAUUAAAAUAAAGAUAAUUUAAUCUAA